AUGAAAAUCUUCAGCGUCGUGUCAUUGACGGCUAUUCUGAGUCAUCUGACACCUUCAAUUGAAGCUGUUUCUUCGAAUUAUAAGUGUGAUCGCUUGGUCCUUGGUGGGGAUAUCAUAGAUCGUCAAAUUGAAAAAACAUUUCCUAUUUAUCAAGGAAAUGUUCAUCCAGGAUACGAGCCCCAUCAUGUAUUUUCCACAGUAAAUUUCUUCGUUUAUUACAACUUCGGCAAAGUCCAAUUCGCAGUAGAAUUCUCGGUCCAAAAGAAACCUCUUUCGGUUAAAGUUAAAUUUAAUGAAAACGAGUAUACUUGUGAACCAACAACUGAGGAAGCAGAUGUUCAUCAGGGCAUGACUUAG